CUCACCCGGCCCCUUCCUACUCCUGCAGCGGGGACAUGUACCCGGACCAGUCCGCAGGGGGGUAUCUAGCCACGUCCACCUGCGCCGUGUCCUAUCACGGACCUCCAUCCUACAACCCGGCGCCCAAACCGACCGUAGACGGCGCCGCGCUGCUCUCCAUCAUGCCCGAGUACGGGGGCUUCUACCAGCAGAGCUGCCAGAGAGACAUCCACGCGGCUUUAAUCCCGGAGAGGAAAUCCCUCCCGUACCCGCUGGACUCCCUCCGUGUGCCUCCGCCUCUCACUCCUCUCAACACCAUCAGGAACUUUACGCUCGGCGCGCCCACGUCCGCCGCGGACGGCCCCAUGUCUGCGGCUUUCCCCAGCCACCAGAGCCUCCCUCUCAGGCCCAUCCUGAGGCCGAGGAAGUACCCGAACCGGCCGAGCAAGACGCCCGUGCACCAGAGGCCGUACCCGUGCCCGGCCGAGGGCUGCGACCGCAGGUUCUCCCGGUCGGACGAGCUGAGCCGGCACCUGCGCAUCCACACCGGGCACAAACCGUUCCAGUGCCGCAUCUGCAUGAGGAACUUCAGCCGCAGCGACCACCUCACCACGCACAUCCGCACGCACACCGGGGAGAAGCCGUUCUCCUGCGAGCAGUGCGGGAGGAAGUUCGCCCGGAGUGACGAGAGGAGGAGGCACAUGAAGAUCCACCUCCGGCAGAAAGAGAAAAGGUCCUCCGCGUCCUAACGUCCCCACUGCGCAUGCCCCCGAUGCUGCUGAACGUAAACUUUCUGAACCCGAACACGGAUCAGCUCCAACCACAGUGGUGGAGUGUAACUAAGUUUACAGUGUGGUAUUAGUACUUUUACUGAAGUAAAAGGAUCUGAAUACUUCUUCCACCGAUGCUCCUGCCACAGUCUGUCUGUCUGUCUGUCUGUCUGCCAAAAGAGCCCAAAUCUUAUCCUGUAGUUCAUUUUCACAAAAGAUGGAAGGAUAUUGGAAGCCAUAUCUUUAAAAAGAAAUCAGGGAGAAUUAAAAAAGUAAUAGUGGUGGAAUUUAACUAAGUACAUUUACGCCAGUACAUUCUACUUCUACCCCGCUAUAUUUCAGAGAGAAAUAUUGUACUUUUUACUCCACUACAUUCAUCUGUUACAGCUUUAGUUACUA